AUGCACGUAAGGUCCAUUGUCCUACCGCAAGAGACCCAGCAAGGUCUGGAGGAGCGCGUUGGUAACCAUACCCUGGACGACGGUUUCGAUGCCGGUGAGAAGACGAGGUCUAGCGUCGCGACGAGGAAGCGCUGGGGUCAGGCGAUACGGGCGAAUUCGAGCCGGAGUCCGAGGAGCCUCCUCGAAGUGUUCCAGAGAAGUGAGGUAGACCUCGACCGUGGACUCUCGAGUAUGGACGUUCGGAUCCUGCGGAUCUCGGAUGGCAAGAUUGGGAUGGCCCACGUGUCGAAGAGCAUGAUAAAUACCUGUGGAACACGUUCUGUUCCUAUCGGUACUUUUGGUAGCUACGUGUCGAAGUCGCGCUUCGGUCGAAUCAUGCAGAACUUGCACUUCUCCGAAACUCCGACCCACAGGCCGAUACAGUCAGAGCAUGGAAGGCUGGCGGUCUAUUGUGGAAAGGCCCAACACGAAAGUGAACUAGGAGGCGACUCCCCAACUAAGAUCUUUGCUGAUCCAAACUCCGAUCCAUCUGCAGUGGUGCGCAACCUCGACGAAGUCCUGCCACCUCCGGAGCCCGAUUUAGACUUCACUGUUGUGACAGAUUGCUUCUACACAGAGACGACUGCUUGGAGGGACGAAAGUCGUCGCUCCGUGCCCACCCAUGAUACGCGAUUAUCACCGCUAGAUGGGUGGGGCGAAAUACACGACCAACUGCUUCUUCAGCGAUACUCGCUGCAACUCUCGGUCGUCUUUAGAAAAUAUUAUAAGACCAUUUUCCUCGGUCUGGUUGAUAUGACCAUUGUGAACACGUUCAUCAUCUACCGUGAGGCUUGCAAGCAGCGAAACGAGCCCCCAGCAGACCCUGCCAUGUUCUUGCGGCACCUGCAGGAACAGAGGUUGGAGCUGACGGCCAGUAACUUCGCCGAUGUAGUGCGAGUCCAUGAGAUUCUUUCCCUUACAGCCUCCGUACAGACCGAGACGCUAGGAUCCAACUCCACCGAGCACAAACUCACUAUGUUCCAAGAUUGGAACCAGUUUGGUGAUCAGAAGCAGCAUCCCAAACAACCGCAGCACCAAUGCAAGGUUUGCUCAAUCUGA